AAAAAAAAAAAAACAGAAGACGACUCUUAAGCCUUUUUACUUGAGUCUCUUCACUCAUAGUUAGUUUCAAUUCCAUUUCUUCUUCUUCUUUCUUCUCUCUGCAAAUCCAAAAAAUGGAGUCAUCAGUAAAACCCAAUCCUUUCCUCUCCUUCUCUUCUUUCCUUCACCACCACUGUACCCGCUUCAGCUCCGACCUCUCCGCCCGAAUUGAAGACACCAAACGUUUCGCUGAAACCCUAGCUACUCGACGUUUCUCUCCUUUUCCUCCUCCGCCGUUCGCCUCCAUCUCGCAAUCCAAGUCUGGAGCUCCGCCAACGACGUUGAAUCCAUCUCUCGUUGCUAAAGCUCUCGCUGGCACGUCGGUGUUUACAGUCAGUAACACCAACAACGAAUUCGUUCUUAUCUCGGAUCCUACCGGUGACAAGUCUAUCGGUUUGCUCUGUUUUCGGCAAGAGGAUGCUGAAGCUUUCCUUGCUCAGGCGCGACUUCGGAGAAGAGAAUUGAAAACCAAUGCGAAGGUUGUCCCCAUUACUCUGGACCAGGUGUACUUGCUAAAAGUUGAAGGGAUUUCUUUUCGCUUCUUGCCAGAUCCAAUCCAAAUAAAGAAUGCAUUGGAGCUCAAAUCCUCAGGUAAUAAGAAUGGGUUUGAUGGAGUUCCGGUUUUCCAGUCUGAGCUUCUUGUUGUGAGGAAAAAAAAUAGACGUUACUGCCCUGUAUAUUUCAGUAAGGAAGAUAUAGAGAGGGAACUUUCUAAAUAUACGAGAGCAUCAAGAGGAGAUCAACAAAUUAUGGUUGGGAGUCUGGAAGAUGUGUUGAGGAAAAUGGAGAUGAGCGAGAAGAAUUCAGGUUGGGAAGAUGUAAUAUUCAUUCCACCGGGAAGAAGUUAUGCACAACACAUGCAGGAGUUGAUCAAAGAGUAAAAACGAUAAUAGACACAAUGUGUGUAUUUUUACUUGAUAAAAACAGCUUCUUUUGAGAUUUUGCAUUAUUAUCAUUUGCCUAAAGAGCUCAACACAGUCCCAAAUAUCUCCUUUUUU